UUUCAGAUGUCAUGUCCUCACAUUAAAAGCGAAGUAAAGACUGAAGAAGAGGAUUCGAGAAGCGAAAAUGGAGGUUUUCUGUGUCCAGCAUGUGGUGAACAACUUUUCUAUGAGAAGUAUUUUAUUGAACAUAUCAGGGAACGUCAUUAUAAGCCUGACCUACAAGUACAAGAACAGGAUGAGGAACAAAGAUUGUUCAGUGACUUUACUGGAGGGUCUUUUCAUGACAAUAGUCACGUUAAAGAACAAGAUGGUUGUUGUGUUAAAAAUAAAUGUGACUUUUUGAAAUCAGAAGUAAAAACGGAGCAGACAAAAAUUAAUGGAAAGUCCGGUGGCUUCCUCUGCUCAGUUUGUGGGGAAAAGUUUCUGGAGGAGGAUAGUUUCAUUAAACAUAUCAGAGAUCAUGUAGAAAACUCUGGCAAACGAAAAAGACCAAAAUGUGAUGAAUUUCAAAAUGAUAGUGAUAAUAUUAGUAGUCUAGGAUCUGGAAUCAGGAAUAGAUUGGACAUUAUUUGCAUUCCUCUGAAAACUUGCAAUCCUCAAGAAAAUAUCGGAGCUACUCUUCGAUAUAACGUAACAACUUACUCAGAAAAGAAGCCAUUUAAAUGUCCAGAUUGUUCAUAUAUGCAGCAGCUCGGAAAUCAGAUCUUAAAGUACAUACGAAGACUCACUCUGGAGAUAAACCAUUUAAAUGUCCAGAUUGUUUGUAUGCAGCAGGUCGGAAAUCACAACUUGAUGUGCAUAUGAGUUAUCACUUGGGAGAGAAGCCAUUUAAAUGUCCAGAUUGUUCAUAUGCAGCAGUUCAGAAAUCAACUUUUCAAAAUCAUUUGAAGAUUCACUCCGGCGAGAAACCAUUUAAAUGUCCAGAUUGUUCAUAUGCAGCAGCUCGGAACUCAGAUCUUAAAAUACAUACGAAGACUCACUCCGGAGAUAAACCAUUUAAAUGUCCAGAUUGUUUGUAUGCAGCAGUUCGGAAAUCACAACUCAAUGUGCAUUAUAUGAGUAAUCACUCGGGAGAGAAGCCAUUUAAAUGUCCAGAUUGUUUGUAUGCAACAGCUCGGAAAUCAAACCUACAAGAUCAUUUGAAGAUUCACUCAGGAGAUAAACCAUUUAAAUGUCCAGAUUGUUCGUAUGCAGCAGUUCGGAAAUCAUAUCUUGAUGUGCAUUAUAUGAGGAAUCACUCAGGAGAAAAGCCAUUUAAAUGUCCAGAUUGCUCGUACGCAGCAGUUCAAAAAUCUCAACUUGAUGUGCAUAUGAGUAAUCACUCUGGAGAGAAGCCAUUUAAAUGUCCAGAUUGUUCGUAUGCAACAGCUCGGAAAUCACACUUUAAAGAUCAGCUAAAGACUCACUCUGGAGAGAAACCAUUUAAAUGUCCAGAUUGUUCUUAUGCAGCAGUUCAGAAAUCAGCUUUUCAAAAUCAUUUGAAGAUUCACUCCGGGGAGAAACCAUUUAAAUGUCCAGAUUGUUCGUUCGCGGCAGCUCGGAAAGCAAAUCUUAAAGUACAUAUGAGUACUCACAGAGAGAAGCCUUUUGAAUGUCCAGAUUGCUCAUAUGCAACAGUUCGGAAAUCAGAUCUUAAAGUACAUUUGAUUACUCACUCGGGAGAGAAGCCAUUUAAAUGUCCAGAUUGUUUGUAUGCAGCAGCUCGGAAAUCACACCUAAAAGAACAUACUCUGAAUAUUCACUCUGGAGAGAAACCAUUUAAAUGUCCAGAUUGUUUGUUUGCGACAGCUCAGAAAUCACACCUCAAAGUACAUAUGCGUACUCACUCGGGAGAAAAACCUUUUAAAUGUCCAGAUUGUUCAUAUGAAACAGUUCAGAAAUCGGAUCUCAAAGAUCAUCUAAAGACUCACUCUUUUGAGUUUAAUUCUCGUUUCUCAUUAUAAUUUAUAUAAUGCAUUUAACAAAAUAUAAGGUUAAUGGUGUUAUUUUACGAGGUAAAAUGAUUCAUUUAUCCGAAUAUCAGAAGUUUUAAAACACGAUAAAUAAUAAUAAUUAAAUUAAUUUGUAAAGUUCGUAGAUUCCUCUAGAGGGUCAUCGAAUAGUUCGACCGCCCUUGUUUUACAGUACACUACAUUGUAGAUGUUCUGAAGGAGUAUCCUAAGAUUCUUGAUCUUUUGGCACAGGCACCCCUCCUCAUUUAACCCUCAAUCAAGUUUCCUAUCAUUCGGCUGAGUCGACCGAGGAGAUCACAUAGAUCCAAUGAAUCCUUAGCUACUCCCUAGACUGAGUGAAACUGGGAUUCGAACCCUGAACCUUCUGUACAGAUAAGAAGGCGGAAGCUCUAACCACUAGGCCACCCAGCCAUUCAAUAACGAGAGUCUUGAAUUUAAGUUUUUUCCCCGUAUCAAGUCAACAACUUUCAUAUUAUCUUAGAAACAAUUUCAUACAUGCAUGGCUGUUAAAUACAUCAAAAAACGGCUUCAAAAUACAGUGUAUUUCAUUUCUGAGAGAAAUACGUCAAAUACGUCAAGGAUUUCCUCCAUCCGGCGCUAAACAGAUUUAAUUUUUGUAAUAAUUGAAGCAGCUUGAAAUCCACGCAAUUUUGAUUUCUAAUAACUACCGCUGAAUUUCACGUUUUGGAUUUUGAGUGCUUGUAAUCAGUAGAGGAUACCAGGGUUGUAUUGUCAAGAAUCAAGUACUGGUUUGUUGGGUGAAAUUCUAAGUUUGACCCAUAUCUAUAUUCUCUGAAAUCUUUGUGUGAAAUUCUGACACGAAUUACGUGAGUUAUUAAAGGGUUGCGUGUGGGUAGUUACUUUUGGGCACCCUGUAUAUUAAAGUAUAUCCCUCCCCCUAAAUCGGGAAAAAACCUACAUUUUAAUAUGGCACCUUCACGAACUUGGAAAAACUUUAUAUCGAUAAUCUGUUUUAGUCAUAAUUAAGAUCUUUAAUUAUUUGGUUUCUUACUAUCAGUAUUACAUCAGUAAUCAGUAUUCCAGGUAUUUUUUAAAGCAUAAGUUUCUUUUCUAAUAGAAAAACGAGUAAAAUGUCGAUUUCGAGGAAAUUUUCAUGAAUACCCCCCUGCCCCCUUCAAGCUAUACUUAGCCCUAGCCAAAACACAAUUAUACCGGGAAUCACCUCCUGACUGUGGUGUACCAAAUUAUUAUUUUAUAAUAAUUCCUCUUAUUAAGGUAAUAUAAUCAGUUAAAAUGGAAAUCUGAAAUUGACACAAGGAUGAGACGGAACGUGGGAAUAGGUGCUAUCAGAAAGCAAAGACUUGCACAAGAGAAACUAACACAGAAAGGCAAUGAAAUUGCUGAACUACAAGUGCAGCAGGUUUCGCAGCAGAUGGAUGUAUUUAAGAAGUCCCUUGAGGAAUUUGCAAUGAAAUAUAAAAAUGAGAUAAAGAAAAAUCCUGAGUUUAGGGCCCGUUUUCAAGUCAUGUGCUCAAAGAUAGGUGUCGAUCCUCUUGCUUCAUCCAAAGGUUUCUGGGCCCAAUUACUUGGAGUUGGCGAUUUUUACUAUGAACUUGGAGUUCAAAUCGUUGAGGUGUGUCUAGCUACUAGACCGAUUAACGGAGGUAUCAUCACUAUGGAGGAUCUAGUUGCUAGAUUGGGUAAAAGUAGCGGCAAAACACGUAAAGACGUUCAACCUGAUGACGUUUCCAGAGCUAUCGGCAAGCUUGCUGUCCUAGGUGAUGGCUUUAAGAUAGUGAAAGCUGGAAAACAGAGCCUUGUACAGUCGGUUCCUGGUGAACUGACCAUGGAUCAUACUACUGCUUUAGAUGUAGCGAGCCAGAGUGGCGGGAGUUUGACGAUAUCGAGUUUAGAGAAAAUGGGCUGGCCUGAGCUAAGAAUAAACCAAACAAUUGAUAGUCUAAUGGAUCAGGGUAUGAUAUGGAUAGAUGAGGUGGAUAGUAGCUACUGGGUACCCGCUCUCUUUCACUGAUGCAAAUUGAACUGAGAGGCUGGAAGUUGUUGAAUAGCCAUAUCAUGAGGAUCUAUUUUGACGUUAUUCGGAAUGGCCACUAUCGGAGGGUUACUGUCAGAGCGGGCAAUUAGUGACCAAGUAGUGACCAAGUAACCGAUCACUAAUAAAAUGUUUUGUUAUUGAUCAUCUUUUGUACAGAAAUGGCCUGAUAUUUUAGACUGAAAUGUUGGGGUUAGUUACAACUUCUGGUAUUCAUUUAAUCAGUUGUUGAGAUUUUGAAAGUCAUUGUGAAUAAUGAUUUUAAUGCAGUUAUAAUGUUUAUAUUUAA